CACAUUCACACACUGACACACACAAGCGCAUGCUUCUGCCCACCAGCGCACAGACUCGAGCUGGCAUCUCGGAGGGCAGCCUCGUCUCCAGUCCAGGGUGUCGGAGCUGGUUGAGCCUCUCUGCUGCUCGGACACAGGGCCGUCCAACUCUGCCACCUUCCUGCUAACUGCGCUGGAUCCUCAGGGCGUUCCCAAUUCUAGGACUCUACUGCUGGGAAUAAACAAGCAACAAGUGGAACAUCUGAAAAGGGAACAGAGAAGCUCCAACAAGCUUCUUUGGAGCAUCCCCUUUCUUGUGAGCUCUCAUUAACAUCAGCACCACAGACAAAGGACCCAGAAGUGGACUUCAGUGUUUCUUUGUGGGACUGACCUCCUGCAGCAAAGACUGACAUCAGCUCAAGACUUCUCCAUCGGAUUCAAGUUGCAUCCUCCUCUCGUCAUGGCAACCACAGGCAUGCAGCUGCUGGGCCUGAUCCUGUCCUUAGUGGGCUGGGUGGGUGGGUUUAUUGUCUGCAUCAUCCCCCUCUGGAGGGUCACAGCUUUCAUCGGUAACAACAUAGUGACGGCUCAGAUUAUCUGGGAAGGUCUUUGGAUGAAUUGCAUAGUGCAGAGCACUGGAGAGAUCCAGUGUAAGGUGUAUGAUAGCCUGCUGGCUCUGCCCAGCGACAUGCAGGCAGCCAGAGGCCUCACCGUGUUCUCCGUCCUGCUGUGUGGUCUAGCUCUGACCUUGGGGGUACUGGGAGUUAAGUGCACCAAAUGCAUAGGCAUUAACAGCGUCAAGGCCCGCUUUGCUCGCAUUUCUGGUGCCCUUUUUGCCAUUGCAGGGUUCCUUUACCUUGUGCCUGUCUGCUGGACUGCCCACUCCAUCAUCAGGGAUUUCUACGAUCCACACGUGGCGGCUCCGCACAAACGAGAGCUCGGCCCUGCUCUUUACAUCGGUUGGGUGGCAUCAGCUCUGAUGCUCAUUGGGGGCUCUCUGCUCUACGUGGGGUCAAGUCCUCCUGGCAUCCCAGGCUCCCCCACCUUCAGCAGUGGAGAAAGUAGUCCCCGUAGGGCUCCUGCCACACAGGUCAAAGGUUACGUCUGAAAACCCUCAGAUCCACCUUAAACGAUGACAAACUUCUUUUAUGGCUCCAUGUAAAUUUGCUCUUUGUCAUAAUUUUUAAAGUAAUGUUACUCCAGUUUACUUUUGUCUUUGUAAAUCUGCACAAUGCUUUACAGGGAAGUUCACAUGUAUUUUAUAAUUUCAUACCCAAUUUUUUUCUAUUAACAUGUUUUCUGUUUGUCAGUAAAACACAAUAAAAGUUGUUUCCUCUGCUGAGGAAAAUGGUGUGGGCACAUUUUCACAAAAGCAAACUCCUCCAGCUGCAAGUGUCCAGAGAAAUACUGAUACACAAAUCAUAGUAGUAGUAGUACUAGUAGUAGUACUCACCAUAGUAGUGUUUAGAAAUAAAAACAACUUUUAACAAAAUAUUAAAACGUCAUUGCUGUUGAAUGAAAGAAUAAUAAGGGAUGUUUGUACAUCUGCCAAUGGCACCAUAUUGUUGAGAAGUGUGUGUGUGUGUGCGCGCGCGCGCGCGUGCACAGUGUAGAAGAGAACACACAAACACACACACACACAUAUAUAUAGAGAGAGAGGUCAGCUGAUGACUUUAUCUCACUCAAACUUAAUAAACGUAAAGUUUUCCAAUCAUUUUAAA